AUGCUCCCCCAGCAGAUAUUCCUGCUAGGAAAAUUGACUACUUGGCCGACAACAUUAUCUUUGGAGGCAGAGUGGACACGGCGAAAUGAGGCUGUGGAGGCUGUCCGCAUGUAUUGCGACGUGCGCGAGGGUGGGCCUCGCCGCGGUCGACGGCGUGCUAGGCAACCGCCGUCUACUACAAACGAUAUGGCAGUGAAAGAUAUUUCAAAUUCUGAUCCCACAUCCGACCAAACGCUAUCUUUGCCAUCAGAGGAAGAUAUGCGAGAGGCAGAGAUACAUAUUCGAACGGCCAUCAAACCAUUGGGAUGCUUCCAAUGCCACGGAAAUUCGGACGAACCGGAUGAACGUCGAAUGAAACAUUAUUCUCGCCACAACCACCUUUUGCGUCAUUUUAGAGCCACGCAUUUGGACGACCGUCACUGCAACUACUGCAAUAAUGCGAUUGAGCAUGAAAUGGAGUUGAGACGGCACGCACAUGACAAACAUCGUCUUAAAACCUAA